UCAAGCUUAGAGUUUGGUUCGUAUCAUCCAACUUCCCUUAAAUAAAGCAGUUCGUCACUGUGGUCUUCUCAGCAAGUGAUCGCAGCAAAGCAAAGCAAAGCAAAUUCCACGCCCUCCUCAUAAAUGAAUGACUGCAGUCAUCCCCCAGCCUUUCUCCGAGUGAUUGCCCUGGAAGCUCCCGGGGAACCCGUUUCUCACUCUUGCCAUGGCCGAACCCCCAAAGGGGAAUCCCUGAUGUGUCUCCUCCAUGUCUGCACCUUCCUCGGCUUCCUCCUCCUCCUCGUCCACCUCAUUUCCUUCCUCCUCACCAAGCUGUUCACGUUUCUUCUUGAAGGAGCAGCCAUUUCCGGAGACCAAAGGAGUUCUCAGCUCAUCACUGAAGCUGAGAUCAAGCCCACAACCGAUGUGUGCUACUCCGAUGAUGAGGAGUUACCUGCCAGCAUCUUCGGCAGGGAAAAAGGAUUGUUCUUUUGCUACAACGAAAGCAUCUUCAACGAUACCCUUCUUGGCGAAGAAGAACAGGAUUCUACAGAUCAGGAACACCUUUCGAAAGUUGAUGAAAGCCUCGUCACAGAAUUGCCGCACAGUUCCCCUUUAGAAGAUCAAUCGAAUCCUGGACUUGAGAAUGAUGAUUCUCCGGUGAGCGAUGUCAUAAGAACAUCAAGUUCUCCAACUCCAAUCAUAUGUGGGUCUGUCGAAGAUGAAGAUUGUGUUGGAGAUGCCUUUCACAAUAAUGAAAAGGAAGAGGAGGAGGAGCAGAAUGAGGAGUCGUCAAAGAAACAGAAACUCCUCAUCGUCGCGCAAACACAUCCUGGGAGCAAAAAGUUUCAGCUGGAAGAACACACAUCUGGUGGUUCUCUCACAAGUGAGUCGACAUCGAAGAGCUCGAUGGAGUGGAGAAGCUCCACAAACAUCAGGGAUUCGGAGACAGAAUGCCCCUUCUCCUCUUCAUCACGCAGGAGCUCUUCCAACUGGGAAAAAUACACCUGGUUCCGAAAAUACGAUGAGGACAUGACGUUUUUCGACAGGAUCAGUGCACAAAAACUCACAGAAACAGAAUCAUUUAGGUCAAUGAAGUACCAACCGAAAUCAGUCUCUCGAAGGAUAGUUCACAAAUUUACGACACACAAGAAGAAGGGAAAUAGGGAUCCAUAUCAAGAACUGGAGAGUGCCUAUGUGGCUCAGAUCUGCCUCGCAUGGGAAGCUCUUAACUGGAACUACAACCAUUUCCUGCAAUGGAGCGCCAAGGGAUCAAACAGUGAACGCGCUUCUUGCACCGCAUGGAUGGCGCAGCAGUUCCAACAGUUUCAGGUCCUGUUGCAGCGGUUCAUAGAAAACGAGCCUUACGAGCGUGGCCGGAGGCCCCAAGUCUUUGCUCGGACGAGGAUUUCUUCUCCAAAAUUGCUCCUAGUUCCUGAGUUCCGAGAUUCAAAAGCAGAUGAAGGCAAAGAAGAAAUGAUCUCAUCUACCGAGUUCUCGGCGAUUCUGGAGGAUGCCAUUCGAACCUUUAUGAACUUCCUCAAGGCAGACAAAGAGAAUCCUUGCCAAAUUCUUAAAGCAUUCAUCAAGAGAAAAUCCAGCUCGGUGGACCCAAAUCUCCGUCGUCUGCUCAAAAGAGCUAAUAAAAAGAAGAAGAUGAGGCUUAAGGAUCUGUUGAAGUCAAGGAGAUGUUUGAAAAAGAACAGGCUAAAGGGAGAGGAAGAGAUGGAGAUACUGAUGGGCUUAAUAGACAUGAAGAUUGUGUCCAGAACUUUAAGGAUGCAUGAGAUCAGCCACGAGCAAUUGCACUGGUGUGAGGAGAAGAUGACCAAAGUGAGAGUAUGUGAUGGGAAAAUCCAAAGAGAUUCCUCCCCGCUUUUCUUCCCUGUUCAAUGACUCCAACGUCGGCAGUGUUGUAUAAUCUGCCGUGCUUUAGGUUGCCUGAUGACUAGAAUAUGCAUUCCACCCUCCCUCUUGUCACUGUAAAGAUACACCCGGAGAGGUGACCACAGUAGACAUGUGGUGAUCACUUGAAGCUUUGAGCAUUUGGGUUCCAUGUCAGGAAGAAAAAGUUGAUAGGUGAAGGAUUUCCUCAUGAGCAUCGAAUGGCAAGACAAAAGUGACCAAGAAUGAAAGCGAGGGACGGGGGGAAAGAGACGAGCGCAACUUUAGCUUUCUUUUACUUUAUUAUUUAUGUUCAGUGGUGGGUGGAUAAGGCUCCCUGAAGACUGGUAUUUGGAACACACACACACACACACACACAAAAAAAGAGAACUUGUUCUGGCUCAUGCAUUACCUUCUCCUCAUCAGUUAAAACAGGGGAUUAUGGCGCUGAAGAUAGUUUAAGAUAUCCAUGGGGACAUCAUGCCUGGCCAUGUAAUCUUUGUGCAGGAGGGGGAAUAUACUCGAUGCCCGUAACCCAAAGCUGUGCUCGUGGGUCACAUAUGUGUAGUGUUUGUAUAUAAUAUAGUCACUGGUGUCUCACACAAGGAUUCCUCUGUUCUCUGGUUGGAUGCGAUGCAAGCAUAUCAUGGAUGCUAUAGCGAUGUAAAGGAGUUUGGUAUAAUAUAGAGAAA